AUGGAGACAAUUCAGAGGCCCGUUGUCAGCUUUCUGGGCCCUAUUGCCUCAUAUUCGCAUCAGGCAGUCCGCCAGGUGUUUCCAGAAUCAACGUGGGAACUGAGGCCUGCGGCAACGAUAGAUGACGUCUUUGACCAGGUUCAAUUCGGAGAGGUGAAAGCCGGCGUGGUCCCCAUUGAAAAUUCUACAAAUGGCUCAGUCGUCUUCACCCUCGAUAAUCUCGCCGACCGCAAUGGCCGGUACAAAGACAUUACCGUCGACGGCGAGAUCUUUGUCGACGUACAUCACUGCCUGGUGGGACACAGAAAUCCAUCCCCCGUGCUGGAGCUGGAAGACCAUGGAGACGGAUCUGGCACCUGCACUCCUACUCUCACGGACCCGCGCCCGUCGAAGCCAAAGUCAAAGCCCCUCGCCAAUCUGAGACACAUCAAGAGGCUCUACUCUCACCCUCAGGCGUUCGGCCAGUGCAACGCCUUCAUCUCGACGUACCUCAAGGGCGUUGAGAUUUUCGACGUCAGCUCGACUAGCAAGGCUGCCGAGAUUGUGAGCCAGGACACAACCGGCACCUGGGCGGCCAUUUCCAGCGAGCUUGCUGCCAACCUCAUGCAGGGCUUGGAUAUGUUGGCCAGGUCUAUCGAGGACCGUGACGACAACACCACCCGCUUCCUUAUUAUCGGGAAGAACACGACUGUGCCCAAGGACUGGAAUCUAGUGAAACAGUCGGUGGGAGAGGCCAGCACCAGGACUCUUAUAUCGUUCACAGUACCUCACACGUCCCCGGGUGCCCUGGCCGAGGUCUUGAGCGGCUUCAAGGCCCAUAAUCUAAACCUCACGAGCAUCAACAGCAGACCCAGCCUGUUGGCUCCAUUUCAGUACAUCUUCUUUAUUGAAUUCGAGGGCAGCAAAUACGAUGACCCAGAUGGAAGAGUAAAGGGGGCGUUGGAUAACAUUGAUCGGGUCGCGCAGAGCUGGAGAUUACUUGGGAGCUGGGAAAGAUACAAGUAG